CCUCUUUAAGAUAAGGGCGUAUCCGCUCGUUGGGAAUUAGGAAAUGUUAGUAAGUCCCUCCUUUCUUUUCUCUCUUUUUAUUUUUUGUAACACUUUGGUUUGUCCGCGGUGACUUACAGCCUUCACGGCCGCCUGUUGGAGACGUCAACACCGGCUACCGACGGUCCUGUGCAUCCAUGGCCAACACCACCCUGACGCAGGAUCCUGAUCCUGGAAAAGCUGAUACAUCCGGUGGAGCCAACAUGGCGUUCAUCCUGGUGCCUGUUUUCUUUCUUCUGGGCCUGUUGGGGGUUGUGAUCUGCCACGUGUUGAAGAGAAAGGGCUACCGGUGCACCACCGAGGCCCAGGAGGACGGCGAGGAGGGAUGCGGGGAAGAAGCAAAAGAUCUUGAGAUGGGCGGAGACAUGAACGACACCCUCAGUGAAAACAAUGACACAGUGGGACAGAUUGUCCACUACAUCAUGAAAAAUGAAGCAAACUCGGACGCCCUCAAAGCCAUGGUUCAUGAAAACAGCAUCGAUUCUGAUGGUCCCCCGCUCACCCCGACCUCUCCCGGCACCCCGACCCCCCCGAUGACUCCCGUGUCGCCGGGUGCACCGCCAGGAGCCGCCAAGCACACCUGCAGCCACCUGCACACCAUCGGCGGCAUGGCCGGCAACAAGAACAUCUGCACCCGCUGCAGCCAGAAGAAAUGGCCGCUGAUGAGGAGGCCGUCGGCCCGCAAGGCGGAGCAGCGGCGCAGCCAGUACGGAGAGGUCACGGUCCUGGCUGUGGGCAGGUUCCGGGUGACAAAGUGUGAAAAACCAGCCAGAGAGAGGCGAACUCUGCUUCUAACAGACACCAAUGGGAGCGUCCCUACAUCUCCCACAGAGGUAGAGCCAAAGAGCCGGACGACGUCCGAGUCCCAGCAGGAGCAGACGGACGACUUGGACAAAGAGAAACGAUAGAAAAUCCAGAUGUCCAAAGAGAGGAGAACAACAACAUCAUCUGGACACUUUUAAAAACUCGGAAAACAAACCAAACAAGAACAUGAAACCAACAGCAGUGGAGGAGCGACGCAACAAGCAAGAGUCGACCCCCGAGGAGUCGUCCCUCCACCUUCCUGCUCCGCGGGGAGCAAGACUGAUGCUGCUGAUGAUGAGGAUGGCGAGACUGACGUAUAGAGUCACACUAGCCAGUUAUUUUAUAAGCAAAAGGAGGUUACGGUGCGUCUCUUUGAUGCACUCCUCCUUAAAAUAGAUUCAUAAUAGUGCCUUGCUCGAUGGCGCUUAAGCAGGCCAGCUGCUUAACGUCGCGGAAGCUCGACCCGUGGAUGCGGUCCAUGAUGUGUGUACAUAUGUUUUUGUAUGCUGACGUAUUUUGCAUGCCGUCAGUCGGUUUAAUUAAUCAAGCUACACCCCAGGAACCGGUGCAGCCAGUCUGAGAUCAAACUGUGCGGGUUGUCUUUUUCCCAAACAGGAAGCAGGAACAACCUGACGCAGAGGUCACGGCAGCAGGAAGCAGACGGGAGUGUUAGCAGAUGUGAUAAGAGCAUAAUCAUAAUCAUAUCCUGUAGCGGCGUGAACAUGAUCUGAGAGCACGCCUCGACAUCAGGACAAUUAAGCAUCAUUGUCAGGUCAACGUGUCUCCGUCUUCAUACUAUAAUCUUCAAGUCUUGACCUCUAAUAUCGAAGAGAACCGAGUGUUCUGGGUCAAACGACAAAUGAGCUCUCAGCGGGCGGUGUUGUUUUAACAUCGACAGGUCGGCGUGCUCCAACCGCUGCACCGCCAGAUUUCAUUUACUAAAUCUUUAAACCUGCAUUAAUCGUGUUUCUGUCCAUAAAUUGGCUCUUAUUUCUUAUUAGAAAAUGUUUACAAAGAAAAGACGCAUCUGUUGCAUGAUGGGAAAUGUAGGAUAUAGCGUUUUUUAAAAGCUUGACCCAUAUCAGAGACUAAAAAAAAUCAUUUAUAUCUUAAAAAAAAAUCAUGCAACUUCAUGGACGUAUGAUACUAAAGGACCCCCGUGAGGUCUGACAUCAUUCAAAUCUAUAAUUUGCACAGAUAUUUCUGAUCAAAACGCGUCAUUUUUAGACAUGUUUGUAUUUGUGACGUCAUCAUUUUUUUUUUAAAUACGUGUUUUGGGACAGUUUGCUGUCUUUUAUUAUGUUGUCUUGAAAGAAAUAUAGCAAAUAAAGAUGACUAAUACAUAUCAAACCAU